UUUCUGGAGACAUCUGGAAAAAUUCAGUCGUAUAAAUAUACUCCCAACUAGUUGAAUGUAGAAUCCCACUUUUGACGCCAAAUUUCAAUCGAUUGAUUGUCUCUCCUCGGAAUCUCGAUGAAAAGGAAAGACUUUGAAGACGUUGAUGAUGAUGUCUCAGAUUUUAUCUUCUCUUCUCCCGCAACUAAAAUCCGUCGGCUGGAUGCUGAAUUGCCGCCGAUGGUAAUCGUAGAGGACGAACCUGAGGUCGUCGAUCAAUCGCCGGAACAGAGCUGCAGCGGUGUCAAAAUUGAGGAGUUGCCCAAUUCGGAGAGGGCUAUCGUGCUUUUCCACCCAACCAUCACUACACCAAAUCCAAUCAUGCAUUCUCCUUCCAAUUUUUCGGUCUCCCUUGAUCCUCGAUUCAUUGCGGGCUGGAAAGAUCAAGUGUUGAGGUCAAGCACCGGAAAUUCUUGGAGACUAGCUGAGGCUACCACAGAGGAUGACAGCUCUAGUAGCCCUAGCAACGGGUGCCAAGCUGUUGUUCCAUGGUUUCCACCGCAGUUUCCAUCUUCGGGUGGAGGUGGUAGUGAAACGGUGGACGAUGAAGCGAUGGGAGAGGCAAGCAUGGAUGUUGAUGAUAGUUCAAGCAUCCAACAAAUGAGCUCUGGCUCGGUCGCAGUAAGCCAAGGUUUGCCUCAAUGGCAGCACUGCACGAUCUUGCAACCUCCUCAGAACACUACACCGCCGAUUGUAUGGUACCGGUGAUUAGGUUAGGCGACGCGACAUCAGUCUUCAGCUCUAGGUAUUGAAGUACUUGGAAUGAGAUGUGGGUUUUCAUCUGCUUGGAGAGAGGCACGGCACGGUUUGAUUGGCACUUCUUUGUGUGGUAUUGUUUAAUGAUAAAAUGGGAUUCUCCUUGCUUGAUCACUUGGAAAAUGGAUCAAAUUAGCUUUCACCUUUGUUGGGUUGUAAAUGAGUUCUGCUAUACGUGAUCAAAUGAGGCCCGAUUAAAAAUACAUAUUUUAAUGAGAAACACUAUGGAAGUUUGUUA